AUGGCGGAUAUCUUUGACAUGGAUGGGUGUGAGUCCCACUUGCUGAAUGCAAUAAAAAAUUUGACAUUGGACACUCGUGCUCAUGACGAUAAUCCCUCACAAUCGUUGAACUACAAAUUAAUAGACGAGACGUUUUCAACCCCAACUCAAAAUGAAGAUCCACUUGAUGUAUUCGAAGCUACUGACACUAUAAAUGACGUUCUUUCUGAACGGACAAAACCAAUACAUAUCAAACGUCGUAGUGGUAGUCAUACCCAAAACUCGCUGCUACUUUCGAGGCCACGCCGAAGAUCAUCGAUAGUGUCUUCGUAUGAAGUCAAGAUCCAGGACGAUUACGUCUCCUCGACUCUUACCGAAAAUCACAAUACAAACCCGUUAACUAAUGAUGAAGGAAGUUCAACUUAUAAGCCGAAAUUAUCCGACUUCGAGCCUAUUAAGGUAUUGGGGAAAGGCAGCUAUGGUAAAGUUCUUCUCGUUAGAGAUUUAAGAACGGGGCUAUUGUUUGCUCAGAAGCAACUCUUGAAAGCUUCAAUGAUUAUAAAUCGCGAUGCAAAUGAUCAAGAGGUGCUUGCAGAAGAUGGAGGACCAAAAAUUCACAACAAAAAUUACCAAAGAACUUUGAAUGAGAAGCAGAUUUUGGGGGUAGUACACCACCCCAACAUUGUCAAGCUAUAUUACGCAUUUCAGGACAACAACAAGUUGUAUCUCAUUUUGGAAUAUUUGCAAGGCGGGGAAUUGUUUCACCAUUUAUCGAUGGAAAAAUUUAUGAGUGAAAAGAAUGCUGCCUACUAUUUGGCCCAAUGCAGUUUGGCACUUCACUACUUACACACAAAGGUAAAAGUAAUAUACCGGGAUUUGAAACCAGAGAAUUGCAUGCUUAAUGCACAAGGUAAUCUCGUAUUGACUGAUUUUGGCCUCAGUAAAGUUGCAUCUGAUGAAGACAAAUUGAACUCAAUUACCGGGACCAUACAAUACAUGGCCCCAGAGGUUAUAAUGGGGGAGGAGUAUGACUAUGGUGUUGAUUGGUGGAGUUUGGGUUGUGUUGCCUAUGAUCUUUUGACAGGCGCUCCCCCUUUUACAGGGCUGGAUCCUGAUAAGGUAUUGAAAAAGAUUAAAAAUUCCAAAAAGACUUUGAAAUUUCCAUUUUACUUGAGCAAUGAUGCAAAGGAUUUCUUACGCAAAAUGUUGCAAGUCAAUGUGGAGAAAAGGUUUGACGUGGAUGGCGAAUGGGAAAAGUACAAGAAGCACAAUUUUUUUAGACAUGUUGAUUGGAAUUUGUUGGAAAAACUUGAUGUGGAAGAAAAUGCUGCAAGUUCAGUUUUACCCCCAAUCUUGCCAAUAAUCACGGACCCGGUUCUCGCUGAAAAUUUUGAUGAUGAAUUCACGGAAAUGACGUUUACACCACAGCAAAACACCCUGAUCUUGAAAAACACUUUUCAUAUGAAAGACUUUUCUUACACUAAUCCAAAAUUUAUGGACAAUAUAAAACUACACAACAAUUCAUAA